UUAAGCAGCCAGUCUCUCCCCGCGGCGGGCGGCAGGAUGACGGUGCCCAGGUGGGAGCGCGCGGCCCGGCUGCUGCUCUGCGCGGCGGGGCUGGCGCUCUCUGUUUACGCCUUGCACGUGGAGACUUCCAAGGAGCGGGACGCCUCCUACCGGGCCAUGUGCGACAUCAGCGCCGAGAUCAGCUGCUCCCGCGUCUUCACCUCCAGGUGGGGUCGUGGUUUUGGCUUGGUGGCAGAUCUUCUGGGACCUCACAGCCUCUUCAACCAACCGAACAGUGUUUUUGGGAUCACUUUCUACAUCCUGCAGGUGCUUCUGGGUUUCUCUAACCACAGCCUGGCAGCCAUCGCUCUGUUGGGCUCUUCGUUUGUCUCCAUUGCUGGGUCUCUCUACUUGGCCUACAUCCUCUUUUAUGUGCUCCACGACUUCUGUGUGAUUUGCAUCAGCACCUACAUCCUCAACUUUGCUCUCCUGUUUAUCAACUACAAGCGCCUCGGCUACCUCAACCGUCCACAGCAGCCGAAGAUGAAGGCCAAGAGGCACUGAAUACCAUGUCGUCUUGGCCUGGACAGUCCAUGGACCUUGUUUUUCAAGGUGACCAAGUAGGCUUACACGGUUUGGAAACCAUCUCCAUCUUCUUUAAUCAGAUAGUCACAUUCUUCAGCAUGGCUCCCACCAUCCUUCGGACUCAAAACACUCAAGUACCUGAUCUCCACCUCCAGGAUGGCCUUGCUUAAUACAACUUUUGAAGAUUUUGGACCAUGAUAUAAAUGUGUCUUCCGAAGGAACAGGGGCUGCUUAAACAACCACCAUUUCACACUGAUAAUCAGGCCUGGUUUACUCUUCCCAUAAUUAAUUUCUUUUCCCUGGUUCCUACCCUGACCCUAUUAUUUGGCAGACAGAAACAGGGUACUCCCAAGUAGCAGAUAGCGUUAGUGCAUCAUUACAGAAACAUAGCAAGUUGCAAUAAUUAUUUUCAUUACAAUUAAAGCAGUACACAUUGUAGAUAAAUUAAAACUGACACUGGUCUAGGUUCAUAGUCCAAAUUACUAUGUUUAAUUGCAUUGUAAAAUGAAGAUUAUAAAUAGGGAUACAAACCCACCUAUAAAGUAUCUAUUUCCCCUGGAAAGAAGCAAACUCCAAAACAUUUCUUUCACUCUGUAUACAGAUGUUCUUGCAAAUCAAAAAUCCAGAGUUCUCAAAGAUAAGUCCAAGGGCAUUUUUCUUCAGUUGUGAAUUUGCAGAAAUUGAACGGUGACAUAUUCAACCAUUUAAAACAUAAAGCUAACAUGUUAGACUUAAAUUUGACAAAGAUUGUUUAGAUUACUAUUAUUUUAAACACUAGGACUGAUUUUGAUUUUCUCUGUUGGGCACCCAAAGUUUCAUCUCUGUGGAUAACAAAACAUAUUUGGCAGCCACUGGACUCAUUUUUCAUUUUGUUUUAUUAGAACCACUUUCUAGCUGACUAUUCCUGUUGCAGAGAAAAUUAGGCAGAAAGCAGAUCUGGGAUCUCUUUUGUAGAUUGUAAUUAUAACAAGCAACAUCUAUCCCCAUUCAUUUUUAGGUGGAAUAAUGAGUAGAGAGAUUUGAAAAAAUGGAGAACAAUUCCUGUUCUCUCAGCCAGCAGCAGGGGACACUGUCUGUCCAUUAAUGCAAUCAGCUCUGAAAGCUGUAGAAGUAAUGUUUUAUCCAGCCAAGAAAUAAAGGCAUCAAAGGCAAAAA